AUGCAGUACAGGAUCGCCUCUGCUGCCCUCGCCGCUCUGGCAGUCUCCUCUGUCAACGCCGGUCUCAUCUCGCGCCAGAACGCCCUUGUCAUUCAGCCCGGCUACAUUGUUACCCCGACGAUCUCCUUCAACUUCCAGAACCUCGGAGCCGAGGCUCUCGCCUACCAGACUCUUGCACAGCUUCGCGACGAUCUUUCCAGGACCGCUGCCCUGGUCGUCGAGCUCAACAAGGCCGCUACCACUGUUGCCGCCGAUAAGCAGGCGCAGGCUCAAGCCGUUGUCAAGCAGGUCCAGGCCAACGCUGAUGCUAUCAGGGCCAAGCUUGAGGAACUGACCGCCCAGCUCAUCGCCAGAGGUAACGGAGGAGGCGGUGGCGGCAACGGCGGCGGUGCUCCUGGAGCUCCCGCUAUCCCCAGCGUCGCCGUCCCGAGCGUCGCUCUCCCUGGUGUUCCCAGCGUUGCCGUCCCCAGCGUCGGCGUCCCCAGUGUCGCUCUCCCUGGAGUUCCCAGCGUUGCUAUUCCCAGCAUCUCUAUCCCGGGAGUUCCCAGCGUCGCCAUCCCGAGCGUCUCUCUCCCCGGCGCUCCUGGAAUUCCCAGCGUUGCUGUCCCCAGCGUCGCCGUUCCGAGCGUCUCUCUCCCCGGCGUCCCCGCAGUUCCUAGCGUCGCCGUUCCCGGUGUUCCCAGCGUCUCCCUGCCCGGAGUUCCUGGAGUUCCCAGCGUCGCCGUCCCUGGUGUUCCCAGCGUCUCUCUCCCCGGUGUUCCGGGAGUUCCCAGUGUUGCCGUCCCCAGCGUUGCCAUCCCCAGCGUCUCUCUUCCCGGAGUCCCCGGAGUUCCCAGCGUCGCCAUCCCGAGCGUUACUGUCCCCGGCGUCACCGUCCCUAGUGUCACUGCCCCCGAUGUCUCCGGUGCUACUUCGACUGCCAUUGGCACCGUUGGUGGCGUCGUCGCCGCUCUUGACGCUGUCGUUGCCCAGGCCCGCUCUUUGAACACCCAGGUCCGCACCCAGCUCAGCCUGAUCGGCAGCUACCUCGAGCAGCUCAUCACCCCUCUCCUUGGCCAGGUCAAGACCGAGUCUGCCACUGCCAUCGCCAACUCCUUCAAGCAGAUCGCCACCGCUACCGACGCUUUCCUCGCUGCUGCCCAGACUGCUCUUGCCAACGGAAACGGUGCCUCUGCCGCUCUCCUCCAGCGCAUUGCCGACGCUCGCGUUACUCUCAACCCUACCCUCGUUGCUGGCAUCAGCCCCAACGUCUCUGUCUAA